AUGGCGCCAAAUGAUGAUGCUAAGCGCAAGUCAGGUCUAACGAUUGCGCAGGUGAAGUUCAAGCAGGCAAUGAAAGAUUCCGAUGCCGAAGAUCGUUCAGCGCCCAUUGCAGUCGAAAUUAGCUCGCAGCUUUUCAACCACAUUGAUGCCGUUCUUCAGCAGAACUCGCCCAUCAAUAUCCAGAAAUGCACAGAAUGGAUUGUGAAGCACGUAGCUCCCUCCAAGGCUCGGAUCACCACCCUCGGCGCGUAUCUCAUCGCUGUCUCAAAGUCUGUCGUAGUAGAUCAGAGCACUCCAGCGCUAGCGAAGAAAGCAGCGCGCAACCGGAUGGAUCUCUUGUUGAUCGUCAACGAUGCCCUCCAUGCUGACAAGUUCCAUCGUCGCGACACGACGAAGCAGAGUAUUCUUGGCAACGCGUGUCAAGAUUUUGUCCCUGACUUGAUUGAACUCGCAGCGGCGUGUAUCACUGAGAAGGGAUCGCAACUAGAGGUGAAGCUGAAAGCUAUUGUCAACUACUGGGCUGUCAACAAGCUCUUGAGCUCAGAGGGUCUGAAAGCUUGUCGGCACAAGGCAGACGAGGCCUUGUCCGUAGCACAGGGUCGCAAGCGCAACUACGUCCUUCCAGAAUACCACGGCGACCGAAAUGCCCGAUGGCACGACCUCCCCGCAUCGUACAUGCUCGAGCCUAUAAUCCGAAACCCGAACCGCCCGAUCCACGAAUCUCAGAUUAAGAUACGGAAGUUUGACAAGAAGCCUGUCAGUUCGCACGUUCGCACUCUCCUGGACAACUUCUUCGAAAACAUAGACCUAAAGUACCUGCCAACGGGCGAUAAUCCGACCGGGGAAACAACCAAGUAUAGGCUUUCGUUGGAUCCUAUGGGCCAGCUGGUCAAGCAGGACAAGGAGACUGGCGAGAAAGUUACAGUGGCAAACGGCUACGGCUGGUCGCCAAAGUUUUGUCAAGACAUACAGAAGUUCACCGUCCCGGAGACCAUCAAGAUCGCGCGAGAGGACAUAGAACGCAUGGAGGACAUGGAAGACCCACCAGUCUUGUCUGUCGCGCGUCGCGUUGGCCCCGACAGUCGGCCCACUACUUCCUCGUCGACAGAGUCGGGCCCACCCUUUAGGGAGCGAAGAAGGGGAUACAAUCGUAGCCGCAGUCGCAGUCGCAGUCACAGUCACCGUAGCCCUGGGGGUUAUCAGUAUGACGACGCGCGCCGUCGAAUGUCGCCCGACGGAUCCAUGGGUCGCCGCAGGGUCUCACCACAUGGACCUUCGCGCCGAGAGUCUGAGAGCAGGGGUUUCGUCGAGCCACGACCAUCAUCAAGGACAUACGACAGAGAAGGAUCUCAGCCUGGCUCGCAGUGGAGUGGUGCGAACAGGAAUACCCAGUCCAGCCCCAACAAACAUCAGCACCAGGUUCCGCCCAUGCUGCAUCAGCCGCCUUUCAACGCGCCGCCGUUCCCACCACCGCACAUGUCAGGCCAGUUCCAAGGCCAGUUUCCCAUGCCAAUGCCGCCAUUCGGUGUUCCUCCUCCACCACCACCGCAGUUCCAAGGACGUGGUGGCUUCGUUCCUCCUCCCCCGCCCCCCAACUUCAACGGCAUGUGGCAGCCUCCACCUCCCAACAUGAACAUGCCACCGAACGGUCCGCAACAUGGCAACCAGGGUGGCAACCAUCACGGAGGCCAGGGUGGAAACCGGGGCGGCAACCAAUUCGGAAAUCAGGGCGGCAACCAGUAUGGUAACAACUUCGGUCCCGGCAACAAUGGCCAGUAUGGUCAGAGCCGUGGCGGAUACCAAGGUGGACGUGGUUAUGGAGGUGGGCAGCGCGGUGGCAACAACGGCAACAGAGGAGGCUGGAGGGGUAACGGACGAGGCGGGCGAUAUUGA